AUGGAGACCAAUCGCUUCGUUAUCUGUGUCCUCGUCGGUCUGGCCGGGUUCACCAACGGAUUAAGCGAUUAUUGUGAGUCUGAUCCGUGCCAGAAUGAUGGGAUAUGCGAGAAUUUUCUCGAAAAGUACCACUGCUAUUGCAAUUCUAAAUACUACGGCAACAACUGCGAAUUCUACAACAAUCAAUGUGACGGCGAAAACCCUUGUAUGAAUGGCGGUACUUGUAAAACUGUCGAGGGUAGGGACUAUUACUGUGAAUGCCCGCUGAAUGUUGAUGGACUGCAUUGUGAAGACGAUUACUGUCUUAUUCACGAGCCUUGCCAGAACGGCGGAACAUGUUACAGCUAUCCUAAUGAUGGCUACUACUGCAACUGCCCAAGCGGGCACAAUGGAUUUCAUGGACCUAACUGCGAAACUCCUUUAAAUUAUUACUGUGUUGAGAUUAACGACCCGUGCCGGAACGGCGGAACAUGUAACAGCUAUCCUAAUGGUUACACCUACUGCACCUGCCCAGGUGGAUACUAUGGACCUAACUGUGAAUUCCAUUAAAUCACUAAGGAGCCGAUGUAAAGAACAUCACUAUCAUCUUGGCAGACGGUGGUGAGACGGCUGAUCCAGCAAUUCUUAACGCGCUUGCUUCUAUAAUUACAGUAGCUCAUUGAAUCAUCGCAUGAAAGUAUUCGAAUCGAUACAUCAUGAUCUCUUAACGCAUACUAAGGAAUGCAGCCCUAUUCUGGAACAAAAUCCUUCUGAUCCAAAUACGGUCAAGACCUCAACAUUAACACUUCUUGCUCUCAUCCCUUUUUUAAGGGGAAAAACAAUAUUUCCCAUUGAAAUUAAUGUUGGCAACACUUAUCACGGCUAAUGACAGCUCAAUAAAGUAAUGUGCAACAAAAGUUUCUUUAAAGGGUUCAUGCAAAGAACUUGUCUUAGGAACACCAUUCUGUGUAACAUUUUCCUCUUACGUUUUUGAAAAUUAUUUUACAUCCCUUUUUGGUUAAUUUUCCUAUACAGUGCACUUCUUUAAACAUUCAAGCAUUUUCCAUGCUAUCACGACAACGAAGGGAGUUGUUGCUGUGAUGUCAUUUCAGAAAGACAGGGUUCAUUUUAGGGGUGUCUAUUCAAAUUUUGAACCCAAACAUUUGCUCAUGGAAACAUUUGUGAGAAAAACUAGUAGAUUUACUGCCGUGUACUGACAGAGCAACGAAUCACCAAAGAAAAGAAAAUAUGCAGCAGCAAAAAUGUCAAACAUUUUGGCAACUUGCGUUGCUAAGAUAACAGUAACAUUGAGGUUUCUGCCUGAAAAGACUUCAGACUAUUGGUCAUGAAUAUUGA